UUAAAAUAGCACAAGUAUAUGUGAUUAUCUUCUUAAUUUUAACUUGAAAAUUGAUUUGAUUCCAGGUAUUUGAAUAUGGAUCUCAAACAUGUUACUGCAAAGUAUUCGGCCCAAAAGUUAGUUGAGCGCCAUAAUCAAGUAGAAAUAAUCAUAUUUGGUCUAUUUGUGUUUCUUUGCCGUUCUUUUGACUCAUUUCUGUUCAUUUUUGUAUUUUUUUAAAUCAAGUAAAAAGAGCGGACGAACUCAGCACCAACAUGGUCACUUUGUGUUUAUAAGUGUAAUCCACGUUUAUUUGGAUGGAUAGAUGACUGUUGCAUCAAAACAAAAGUAAUGAUAGAUAUGUUAAAAUUAAGAGCCAGAAGCGGUGAGUUCUCGUGCACCCGCUUGCCCUCAACCACGCGACAGCUGCUGACAAGAUGGCGACCCUCGGUGGAGUAAUAAAAGCGUAGUAGUGAGUGUCGUCAAGUACAAGGGAAGCGCGAGUCUCCAGUCGUGGGAGGAAGCUGGAUCAAUGGCUGGCAAUUCUUAGUUGUUGGACAGUUUCUCCCAAGAACGUCUUGUAAAGGCGUUUCCCGCCCUCCGCAGACAUCAACAUGCCCUUGGAAGGCGGCCCUUUCUCGUCACCGGGGUGAUAUGAAGCCAGUGUGACACGGGCCGGAGGCAUGCGACAGGUUUGAGCGAGGGAGGGAGCGGCGCAACGCCGCUGCGAUGGACCGUUGCAAGCACGUGGGGCGUCUCCGGCUGGCGCCGGACCACUCCAUCCUCAACCCGCAGAAGUGGCACUGCAUGGACUGCAACACCAGCGAGUCCAUCUGGGCCUGCCUGGGCUGCGCUCACGUGGCGUGUGGCCGCUACAUCGAGGAGCACGCCCUGCAGCACUUCAAGCAGCAGCGCCACCCGCUGGCCAUGGAGGUCAACGAACUCUACGUCUUCUGCUACCUGUGCGACGACUAUGUCCUGAACGACAACGCCACGGGAGAUCUCAAGCUGCUCCGCAGCACCCUCAGCGCCAUUCAGAGCCAACGCUAUGAGGUCACCACCCGCAGCGGGCGCACACUCCGCUCGGCCGCCGACGCCCCCAUGCCCUGUGGCGCCAGUGAGCUGCAACUGCGGGACGAGGACCGCAUGUUUACCGCUCUGUGGCACCGCCGCCGUGCACUGAUGGGUCGCGUCUUCCGCUUUUGGUUCGGCCUGACGGACUGCGGCCGAACCAGACAAGAGGAGGAGAGCCGGCGCGAAGUGGAGGAGGCGCAGAAACGGGAGGCCAGAGAACGACGGCGGACCCUCAAGAGGCAACUGCAGGAGCAGCUGGAGAACGCCCCGCAGAGGAAGAGCCGCCGCUUGCGUCGGAGGGCUUCGGCCGCCGCCGCGAAAACGCCCAGAAAGCGGAAAUCAUCCGCACCCCGCUCUCUAACUCCCGUCGUGUCGACAAGCAAGAAAAGCGUCAGAAAGACGCGAUCCAAAGCCAAAUCCAAGCGUCACUCAUCUGCCGGCGGCCAACACAAAUCCUUAGGCGGCCCAACCUCGGUUCGGCCAAAGCAGGCCACCAAAGGGGGUGGCUCGCCCUUCAAGCGGCGCCCCACCGUCACCCCCGGUGUGACGGGCCUGCGCAACCUGGGCAACACGUGCUACAUGAACUCCAUCCUGCAGGUGCUGAGCCACCUGCACAUCUUCAGGGAGUGCUUCUUGCGCCUGGAUCUCACGCAGGCCCUGGAGCUGCUGGCGUCGGCCGUGCAUGGCCAGCUGGCAGCUGAGCCCUCGGGCCACAGGAGGGGGGCCGCGACGGGGGCGGGCCUGAGCGGCGGUGCCUCCUCGCGGGGCCGCAGCAUGGAGCUGAUCCAGCCCAAAGAGCCCAGCUCCAAGCACAUCUCCCUGUGCCACGAGCUGCACACCCUCUUCCAGGUCAUGUGGUCGGGCAAGUGGGCGCUGGUGUCGCCGUUCGCCAUGCUACACUCAGUGUGGCAGCUCAUCCCGGCAUUCCGCGGCUACGCCCAGCAGGAUGCGCAGGAGUUCCUGUGCGAGCUACUGGACAAGGUGCAGCAGGAGCUGGAGAGCACGGGCACGCACACACCCGGCGCCGACGUGCCGCACACGCAGAAGCGCCUCAUCAAGCAGGUGCUCGGCGUGGUCAACACCAUCUUUCACGGGCAGCUCCUCAGCCAGGUGACAUGCGUGGCCUGCGAGCACCGCUCCAACACGGUGGAGCCCUUCUGGGACCUGUCGCUGGAGUUCCCUGAGCGCUACCACAGCAACAGCAACCGCGAGUCGGCCACGCAGGCCUCCUGUCACCUCACCGAAAUGUUGGCCAAGUUCACCGAGACCGAAGCGCUGGAGGGCAACAUCUACGCCUGCGACCACUGUAACUUAGCGACGCGAAGGCGCUCUUCGUCCAAAGCCGUCCUCCUCACCGAAGCACAAAAACAGCUGAUGGUCCGCAAGCUGCCUCAGGUGCUGCGGCUGCACCUCAAACGCUUCAGGAAAAUGUGCGUGAUCCUCAGGUGGUCCGGUCGCAACCACCGGGAGAAGAUCGGCGUCCACGUGAGCUUCGACCAGGUCCUCAACAUGGAGCCAUACUGCAGCGGCGAGCCCUCGGCCGUGCCGGGCUCGCCGCGCGCCAAGCGCUUCCUCUAUGAGCUGUCUGCUGUGGUGAUGCAUCAUGGCAAAGGCUUUGGUUCGGGCCACUACACCGCCUACUGCUAUAACUCGGCAGGAGGUUUCUGGGUUCACUGCAACGACUCCAAGAUGAAUGUGUGUGCCGUGGAUGAGGUUUGCAGAGCGCAAGCCUACAUCCUCUUCUACACGCAGAGGCUAACUCAGGACAAAGACCGGCCCGUGUAGGCCAGCACGUCAGUUGGAAAGGACUUUUUCCGUAUGCGGCAGUGACGAUGUAGCUUCUACAACGUGCAGUUGUACGUUUAAUCUGUGAUGAGAGAGGAUGGCACACAAAGGCAACAUGUCGUAGAUGGGGAGGCACAGUCCUGCUAACUCCAUUUUUUUUUAGUUUGUUUGUAUGCAGGCAGGGCGUUGGCAGGACCGGAAAGCACGGGACAAAGCUUCACUUUUAGUCCUCAUGUGUCGGAUCAUGGCAGGUAACUUUUGUUCCAUCCCUGA